AUGGGAGGCUCUAAAGUGCAGGAGUGGACACCUACCAGAAAUAUUUCCGUGGUGGAAUGGAAGAAAAUCUUUCAGAGCAGGAAAGUGACAGGGGAAUGGGUGGAGAGACCCAAGAUCCAGAAAAUUCAAUCAGUUUCAGCCACCCCUACUAAGUCAUCAUCAAAGCAGCCAUCCCAGAAUAUGCUAUAUGAUGGUGGGGAUGAAUUUAUUGGAGACCUGCACCAGCAGGAUUUCAUACCACUGCAGCUACCAAAGUCUCUGAGUCAGAAUGACUAUCUUAGGCAAUGGGUCCCAAAGACCCAGCAAUAUCUCAAUAUACUACUUGGGAUGGAGCACCAGAGGCUGCCUUUCCAUCAAAUCAGUCAAUGGACAGGUGGAUUCUUUGAGGAUUGUUGCCUGGUCAAGACUGGCGCUGACAGCGAGCAUGCCAAUGACAACGUAGGGCCCAAGCAGUACCCAAAGGACAGUAAUAAUGGGAAUAAUGCCUAUGAUGCUGAACUGGAUGAACAACCUACUGGUGUGCAGUAUUCAAAUGACAUCAAUGAUUUACCUACCGGUGUGCUGUUCAUAAAGAAUCACAAGACCAUGACAACCAUAGUGGACAAGUCUGGAGUUCACACUCACAUCAUCAAGUAUUGCACAUGCGCUGAUGCUCCUAGCACCAACAUACAACUCUUUCAAAUGGGCAUGUUCCCGGCAUCCUUUUCCCAACCAAAGACUGCCUUUACCUUUGAUGUAUUGGAUGAUUUCUUGCUGGAUAACUUGGAGUGUGGGACAUCGGCAAUGAAUUAUUACAGCAAGUUAAGGAGGAUGACCACAGCUUGUCCUCAGCCAGGCAUUAAUGUGACGUUGCUGACUGAAGGCGACUAUGAGGAGACGAACAACAAAUCAGAUCUGGAGACACCCAGUUGGCUCCAUUCAAGAUCACUAGUCAUGAAUGGCAACUUCAAAGCUGAGUAUCUGCAUGCCGCAAAUCCCAUUGAUGAAGUCUCCCUGAUGGAUGGCUACAGUUUCAUGCCAACACAUCUCACCACCAACUGGAAGCAAUGGGCAUCAGGGGUUGUGCCUGUGCAAGACAUGGCUGCUUCGUCCCUCGUGCAAUGGUGGACUUUCAGAAGGGAGAAAGCCUUACAGACAGCCACCAGACAGAUGAAUAUGAACUACACUUUGUGUGAGGGGUUGAAACACAAUGCUGAUGGCAUUCAGCGUGCAUUGACAUUUUAUGAUGUUAACUGCCAGUACCACAAGCAUCUGAAGGACUGUAUAGCUGACAAUCCUUUCUUGGACAUACGGCCAGAGUUGGAGAUAAUCCCAGGGAUUGGAUUGACGGCGAGAUCAUGGGUGUUACAAACUAGGAUGGUUCUGACGUAUGGCUACUCGAUAAGAGUAAUCGGCCAAGGUUGGUUCAAGGCUUCAGCAUAUGCCGAAGUUCAAUGGUUCACUAAGACAAGACAAGGAGAGUGUCCUUGGCUUGAAUCGAGUUUCAGACGACUUAAGAUUGGAGGUCUUAAGCAAAGGAAGUUCCAGGACUAUGAAGGCAAGGCCCUUUGCCGUAAAUUCAGGCAAGUGGUGAAAGGGGUAGCUGACAGCAAGGUGGCCUUUGAGAAGCUUGAUCAAACUGCUGAUGCAAAUCAAGUCAGAGAAUGGGAACAACAAGAGAAGCUUGCACAGCAACGGCAUGCCACUGAUCCAAAAGCAAUGGACAUUUAUGAAGUACGACUGCAGAAAGACAGUGCCAACAAGAAAGCAACAGGAACUACAGUUGCUGGAGAUGGUUUGUCUAUCAAGGAGGCACAGGUGACGCUCCAAAUGGAUGUUUGGAAGUUGAAUAGGCACUCUAUACAAAACCAGCAACUGGAGAUUGGAUGCCGUCGUGAGAGAAUGCAAGGAGACAUCGACCAUUGGGUGGAGUUUACAGUGAUAUUCCUUGGUGAUGCAUUAUAUGAUAGUGACAUCCAGGUGAUGGAGGAUGAGCUGCUGAUCCUUGAAGAAGAUUUUGAUGAUGACAUGACUGAUCAAUUCACAUUAUUUGAUUCUGAAAAGGUGGUCAUCCCAAUGCCAUCUAAUCUGGGCACCGGCAGGUGCACCGAACGUGGCUCCAAAGAUUUGAUUCAUCAAGAACUUGUGUUAAGGCAGGGACAGGCCAAUGAUGCCCUGCACAACAUCAGAGUUCACUUGGCAGACAAGGCCAUCAUUUUCCACAAGACUGUCAGAAUGGCAAAGUCACAAGCAAUGUACACUAGAGCUUUGGCUCUGGUUCAUUCAGUGGAUAGGACAAGAUAUCGCCCAUUGGCCAAGGAGCAUCUCAAGGUUAGCACAGCCAUCAGCGAUCCAAAUACCAGAGGCCAGAGAAACAAUAUUUUGGCUUGGUUCUGGUCCAUGGACAUGGUGGGAGACUCUGAUGGGAGUGAUUGGCUUAAUGAAUUUUACCGGGUGCAUUGGCUCCAUGCCAAGGCUCUGAGAGACCGCUGGGAGGAAGAAAUGCUACUUGUGCAGCAUGAAAUGAAUUGGACAUGCAACUUCUUUGUGCACAAAGCAAAUCAAUGGAUACGUCUGGGCAUCCUUGGCAAAGACACCAAGAAGGUGGGACACAUUGCCUAUGCAGUAUGGCAGUGUGUUACGAACUAG